CAUGUUAAAUAUUGUAUAUUGAUAUUUAAUAGCAAAUGUGCUCUGUUUAAAGUUCCUGCAUUUAUUUACUUUAUGUGAAGAGGUUUUAUAGAAGGGAUUUGAAUUAAAAAUAUAUGCGGAUGUUUUUAUGUAAUCAUAAUAUUGCUUAAUCGUUCACAAAUAAUAAUUCAUCCUUUCACGACAGUCAAGACAAAGAACUUUCUUUGGUCAAGGUCUUCCGGAGAUAAGGCAUUCAAUACCUCGUUAAAUGUUGAGUCCCUAGAAUGUUCCUUAAACUUUAUUCAUUCAAAAUUUCUUUCGCGCUGAUAACCCUACUUGUCAGUUAAGUUGUUGAAAAUCUGAUAUCAGAAGAAACACUACUUUAUCAUUCCAGUCCGUAGGUAAAGAUAUGUAAAUAUUUAAGAAACCUCUAAACACUGUAGAAUGUAAAUAUUAAUAUCCAAGUUUUCUCAUGUCCUUUUUUUACAUGUUCAUUAAAGUUAAUUCUCAUUACUCGUUACAGUAGUUUAUAUGGCUAGUAUUCUAAUUUAAAAAAAAGGAUAUAUCAUAUAAUCAAAUCAAAGGCGCAGUAAACUUCGUGUCACGUGAUUGGAUGACAGUACAAUGAUUUGGAAAUUAAGCGAGCUGUUAACGUUUCCCAGGUGACGCAGAAUUUUUUUAUUAAGAACAUUGAUCGUCAUACGUAGAUGUAUGAACCAUGAACUUUUUUUAAAUUGAAGGCAGCGUUUUAAGACGCGACAGUUUUUCGUUUGUACUUUGAACAUGAAUGAAACUCUUUGAAGCCAGAGCAACGUCCAAUUUGUUGCAGAGCAAGUUGUGGGAAAAAUUGGUGUAACUGCAGUGGAUUGAUCAAGCUACAUAUUCUUUGGCUGUACUGCAUUUGUUGUUUGUUAGUAUGGCGUUUGAAGUUUAAUAUCAAUCAGAUGAUGACUUCUCUUGACGUUCCUGUACGAAAUUCUGGUAAAUCACAAGAAAGUGAAGCAGAAGUACAGGAUGAAUUUACAUCUUUACUUCAAGGCAACAAGAAUCGAGAUAUUUCAAAUACUAAUUAUGGUGGUAUUGCCUCAUCAUCAUUCGACGAACAGGCAGAUGUCUUUGUAAAUCAAGAAUAUGUAAUGACCACCCGUGAACAACAUGGAUGUUCUAGUGAAAUUUUAAAAAGAAGGUUGAAGUAUUUUUUUAUGAAUCCUAUUGAUAAAUGGCGAACGAAAGGAAAAUUUCCUUGGAAAUUAUUGUUGCAAAUUGUGAAAAUUGUUUUUGUGACUUUGCAGUUAUGUGUUUUUGGUACUGACGGAUAUAUUUAUGAACUUCAGAAGCAGCAUACAGCAUCAAGUUUUCGGCAUAUUUUUUUGCUUGGCUGGACUCCUUUACGUGAUGUUGUUUCUUACCCCCCAUCCACCGGUCCGUAUGCUGUUUAUACUAAACCCGAGUUCUUUCAGAAUAUUGACAAUGUUAUAAAGACAUAUGCUAACAUAACAAACCUUGCUCUUGGUACUUAUUGCUACGACGGACCGAACUGUACAAUGACUAAUAUUUCAUUUUGUCGAAAAGAAUUUAAAACUAUGAUGGCAUUUAACUCAUCUGUUACUUUUGAUGGACGACCACAGACAAUUUGCCAUGCAAUUCCAGAUUUAUAUCCCGAUGAUCCAUCUAUGUGGUCAUCAUUUUCCAUCGAAAAAUACUUAAUAACUGUAAAUGAUUCAGUGUCAUUUGAUCGACUUAUAUCUGCCCAAUUAACGUUUGUUUUGAAAACCAUAUUUUUAAAAUCUCUUGGUAAUAAUAAGUAUCCCGAUUGUUACAGUUUUAAAAUUAUAAUAACUUAUAAUAAUGGGCAUGACGGUCAAAUGAUUGUGACUUUAGAUACUCGUACAGAAAAAUUGCAUUGUUAUCAUAAUGGUGUUAUUAAUCCUAGUGAUCUUUCUGGUUAUAUUAGUCGCCAAAUUCUGAAUUGUUUUAAUAUUUCUGUGAGUGUUUUAUCAAUAUUGCUGUGCUGCCGUUGUCUUGCUAAAGCACGUAUAUUGUGUGAAGAAACUGAUAAAUAUUUUAAGCUAACUAAGAAUAAAGCGUUAACUGCACCAGAAAAAAUGGAAUUUCUUGAUAUGUGGUAUGUAGUAAUAAUCAUAAAUGACAUGCUAAUAAUUUCUGGAUCAGUUUUAAAAGCUGCGAUUGAACAAAGGUCUGUAGAAAGUGAUCAAUAUGCCACUUGUGCUAUUCUUUUGGGUAGUGCAAAUUUAUUGGUAUGGUCUGGUGUCUUACGAUACUUAGGGUUUUUCAGUAAAUACAAUAUUCUUAUUUUGACUUUAAAGCGAGCCAUUCCUAAUGUGUUGCGAUUCACUUUAUGUUGCAUUCUUUUGUAUGCAGGCUUCUGCUUUUGUGGUUGGGUUGUUCUUGGUCCAUAUCACAUAAAAUUCCGUAGUCUUAGUAGUACUUCAGAGUGUUUAUUUGCUAUGAUGAAUGGUGAUGAUCUUUUUGCAACUUUUGCCAUCACAAAUACAAAUAAUGAUCUUAUUUGGUGGUUUAGUAGAAUUUAUUUAUACUUCUUUAUCAGCAUGUUUAUAUAUGUUGUGAUAUCUUUAUUUAUAUCUGUGAUAAUGGAUGCUUAUGAAACUGUGAAAAAUUAUUCCUUGCACGGAACAUUAUCACGAAUCCAAAUGUUAAUUGCCGAUUAUCCUGAUGAUUCUUGCUCAUCAUUUUAUCAGCAAAGACGACGAGAACAGAGGACGUUGUGGGGAAAAUUUUCCAAGAUGAUCUUCAGGAACUGAAACAGUAUAUCAAAGCUUCAUAAUACAGAUAUCUUAACAAAAUGCAUGACAUGCAUGUUCACCUUUAUUAAUGAAUGUGAAGGCACAUGCUGACAUGUUUCUUCUUUGAAGCUAAUUGUUUUAUAGCUAAAUAGUGAAGUUAAUGUAUGUAUAUUUAAAAAUAAUUUUCUGGUGAUUUAUUUAUUACAUCAAUGGCAUAAUGUAGAUUUGCAUGCUAAAUGAAAUAUUCCCAACAUAAUCAAGUAUUAUUUAUAGUUGAUAAUUUUUAUGGUAAUGCAUUUCUUAUGGUUGAAACAAAUUUUUCUACUUGUGUACAAAAAUAAUUUGUGAUAAAUAAUUGUUUUGUGUAGUUGUCUUUAAAAUAAGGUAUGUAAAAUAUGCACUUGGUAAAUAGAUCUAUAAUUUUUCCUAAGUACACAAAUUUAUCAUAAAAGAAUUAGUAUAUUAAAAAGCAUUGACUGAAAGAUAAUAGUGAAUUUUUAAAAAUGUUUUAUGAGCCAAAAACAAAUAUUUGCAUGUGGUAGAACUUUGAUUACUUGAAUCUUUGAGGUACUAAAAUUUAUUGAAAUUUUAUAUUGAACUUUUUUGACAGUCUGAAUUAUUUAAUAAGCAAUAUGAUAAGUGAAAUUAAUAUUUGAUGUCUAUUUCUUCAAAUAAUGCUGAAAAUUUUAACUAAAAUUAAUGUCUGCUGCUGCCAUCAUAUAAAAUCAAAACUUUACUGUUGAAGUAGAAUUAAAAGAGAAAAUUAAAUCCAGUUUUAAAAGCUUCUGUGCUUGUUUAUUUCUUUUUUGAGCAUAAACUAGUUUAAAAGGAGGAAUAUUAAAAUAUAUUAUCAUUUAAAUAAAAUUAAAAAAGGAAAUAUGUAGAGAAAAUAAAUCCAAUGUCACACACAUCAUGUAAGUAAAAAUGCAGCUUAAGUUUAUGCAGAGGUUAAUAUUUUUAUUGAGUUAUUAUCUAGUUUGCUGAUUAUUGCAUCUGUGUUUAUUGGAUAAGCAGGCACUUUCUUAUGUAGGUAAGCAAAGUGUUUUAUUAAAUAAAAGAUUUUAUUAAUUAUCAGUCAGCAACCUGCCUAUGUCUUUUAAAUAUUUAUUUGUGACAAGUAGCAUUUUAUCACUAAUCAAAAACAAUAACACCUCUUCAGGUUAAAAAUUGUUGGUCAUCUCCACCCCCCCCCCCCCCCCCCCCCCCCCCCCCGAUGUUUCCAAAGCAAAGUAGUCAAAAUUUGUGAAAUGACUUUUACCUUAGGGCCCCCAUAAUUAUUAUAUAUUUUCGGGACCUCAAAUUUUUUUCUAAUUGACCAAAAUUAAAAAUUUUACCUUCUUGAAGAAGUCUUGGUAUUUUUUUUUUCUUCAGAAUAAAGCAAAACUGAGCUGUUUCACAUCUUUCAUUCUUGUUCUAUGUUUUAAAUCAUUGUAUUAUAUUGUUUACAGUUAAUGUUUUCACAUAUUGUUAAAUAUAAAAAAGUCAUAUUAUGAAUUUUCAUAUUUAUAUGGAUGUAUGCCAUCUUAUACUCCAUCAAAAACCAUGUGAUUUUUUUGUCAUUAUCACAUUCUGUAACAUUUUCUGAUGUAAAUAUGCAAUUAAAAUUAAUUUCUUGAUUUUAAUUAUAUUUCAGUAUUUAUCAUGCUUUUUAAAUAUAUAUUAUAUCUGCUUAAGGUAAAAUUCUGUUAUCGGGACUAGGUUCAGAAAGGUAUGUAUGUAAGUAUGUAUCUGUACACAUGUAUGCACGUACAUACAAACACACAUUCAUACAUUUCUGAAUUCGGUCCUAAUAACAUAACAGUAUCCUGCUUAGAACUCUAGUUUGCAUUUUGGCACAAUUUGUUAAAAGUCUCUUUAACUAGGAUUUUCAUAUCUUUUCAGUUUCAGCUUUAAAGUUUUAUAUAUGAAUUUAAAAGUGGUUUCUAGAAGACGCUAUACUUAAAGCAACACGUAAUGCAUAUUUUUUUUUGUUUAAUAUAAAACUUAAGGAACAAAUGAAAAAUGGUAAUUUUAAAUUUAACCUGUAACAUGGAAGCAGUUUGCAAGACAUUCUAAGUUAGUGUACUUUGUCUUAUAUUUAGCUACUGUAGCUCUGUGUUUAAAAAAUAAAAGUUGAUGAGGUAUAAAGUGUAAUUAGUUCAGAUGUGAUAAACUAUGUAUUUAAUAGAAAAUUAGGAUUUUAGCAGCAGCUAUGUUCAAAUUUUUUUUUUUUUGAAAUGAGUUAAGUGUAAAGUAUGUGUAAUGUAAUCAGAUGUUAAGGUAUAUAUGUAAAUAAUUUUAUUGAUAUGUAUUAUUUUAUUAUAGUAUAAAUACUGUAAUAUUUUAUGUUUCUUAUAAGAAUAAAUGUCUGCAUGGAAAAAGUACUGGUCUGUAAAUUCAACUAUUAAGUAAAAUAUUGGAUAAAUAAAUUAAUCAUUUAAAUUUCAAAACUCGUACAUUUAGUAAAUGUAAUGUGUUAUGCAUCUGUGUCCCGUUAAAAGAAAUGCACUGUAAUUUAAAAAUAGCAUAUAAAACAACAACUCUCAUUCCUUAAAUAUAAAUAAUAUUUAUAUAGAUAUAAAACUGGUAUAUAUGGUUACUAAAUAAAUGUAUUAAAUACAGAUGUUUGACAGUAAAGUAAUAUGAUUUGAUUUAUUUCAUCUCCAUAUUGUGAUUUAUUAGUAUAAAUAUAUUACAUCAGUUCCUCUUAGAAACUAGUGUAAUAAUUGUAAUUGUUACGUCACAAGCAUGAUAGCAGGAGAUUUUUGGUUAUAUACGGUUACGAAGAAGCACUGAAGAGUGUGGCUUGCAAUGAAAGAAGAGAGUGAGAGAGGCUAUGAAUUAUACUGCCUGUUUGGAACACUGAGUGAACUUCAAUUCCCUCUGUAAGUAGCUGUUAUGAGGAAUGUAAAGCUGGAAGAGAAGUGUAGCCUAGUGUCUUCAAGCAGAAAUAAAAGAACUAUAGUUCAUCUCAA